AUGCCAAAGGGGAGGCUAGAGGGCAAAGUGGCUCUUGUGACAGGAGCAGCAAGUGGAAUAGGCGAAGCAACAGUGAGACUAUUCGCAGAACAUCGAGCCUUCGUUGUAGCAGCUGAUAUUCAAGACCAACUCGGCCAUCAACUCGCUGCUUCCAUACCCUCAAACUCAAUCACUUACCAUCACUGUGACGUAACAGACGAAUCCCAGGUUGAAGAAACACUGAACUUCACUCUCCACAAACAUGGAACCCUAGACAUACUAGGUGCCUUCUCCGGCAUCCUCGACCUCGACCUCCACGAAUUCGACGCCACCAUGGCUGUUAACGUCCGAGGCAUGGCCGCAACGAUCAAGCACGCUGUUUGUACUAUGGUCCAAAACAACAUACGAGGAUCAAUCAUAUGCACUACGAGCUUGGCUGCUUCCAUUGGAGGAUCUGGUCCUCAUCCUUACACGACAUCCAAGCAUGCUCUCCUUGGACUGGUAAAGUCAGUGUGCGGCGAACUCGGUGCGCAUGGGAUUCGAGGGAACUGCGCGUCGCCGGCAGGCGUAGCGACCCCGCUGGUCUGUUCGCUGUUUAAUGUGAAGCCUCACGAAGUUGAAGAAGCUAUGUCUUCGAAGGCUAAUCUUAAAGGGGUUGUGUUGAAGGCGAAGCAUAUUGCAGAGGCGGUUUUGUUUCUUGCUUCUGAUGAAUCUCUUUAUAUCAAUGGGCACAACUUGGUGAUUGAUGGCGGCAUCUCUGUGGUUAAAAAUCUUUUCUCAAAAGAUUAA